GUUUGGGUCCAGGGUAAAAGCGGAGCAGAGAGUUGAGCUCAGCGAGAGGCUUCCAGAGCAGCACAAUGUCUCUGUACCGCAACUCCGCCUGGUUCCUGAAGGGAGUGACCGAGUUCACCAGGAAUGCCUUCCUGUCAGCCUCCAAGAGGUUCGUGGAGAAGGACCUGGAGGUGUCUGUGGCUGGACGCUCCUUCAUGAUAACAGGAGCCAACAGCGGCAUUGGGAAAGCUACCGCCAUGGCCAUCGCUAAGAAAGGUGGAACGAUUCACAUGGUGUGCAGGAACAAGGACAAGGCCGAGGAGGCGAGGGCUGAUAUCGUCAAGGAGACGGGAAAUAAAGAGGUCUACGUCCACAUCCUGGACCUGUCUGAGACCAAGAAGGUCUGGGAGUUCGCUGAGGCCUUCAAGAGGAAGUACAAGACCCUCAAUGUACUGAUCAAUAACGCGGGCUCCAUCAUGAGUCAGAGGGAAGUAAACGCCGAGGGGCUUGAGAAGAGCUUUGCCACCAACGUCCUCGGUGUUUACAUCCUCACCAAGAGCCUCAUCCCUCUGCUGGAGAAGAGCACAGAUCCCAGAGUGAUCACAGUAUCAUCAGGGGGAAUGCUGGUGCAGAAGCUCCGGACAGGAAACCUGCAGUCUGACAGGGGCCGCUAUGACGGCACCAUGGUCUACGCCCAGCACAAAAGGCAGCAGGUGGUGAUGACAGAGCAGCUGGCAAAGGCUCACACAAACAUCCACUUCUCCGUCAUGCAUCCUGGCUGGGUUGACACUCCAGCGGUGGCCAACGCCAUGCCAGACUUCCAUAGCUCCAUGAAGGACAGUCUGCGGGCCCCAGAGCAGGGGGCCGACACCGUGGUUUGGCUGGCUGUCUCCGAGGCUGCGGCCACAAACCCCAGUGGACGUUUCUACCAGGACCGAAAGAUGGUGUCCACCCACCUGCCACUGGCCUGGACCCACAGCUCUGCCCUGGAGGAGCAGAAGUUAAUGUCUCUGCUGGAGGACUUGGCCAAGACGUUUCAGCCACACUGAGACGGCAGGAACUGGCUACCAGCACGCCACCGACACUAACACCACCCGUUCACACUGACCGAGGCUGGGCUCAGUAUUUCAUUCCUCCAGCUGAAGGAACAGAUCUGGGUGCGUUUUAUCCACAGCAUUUGAGGUGCUAACACUUCCUGUGGUUGAAAUAUGAAGAUAUACUGUGGAACCCAGCCUUAAAAUGAGAGAUUAAACUCACCUGUAAUGUAGGGAUGAGUGAGAUCUGUAAUGCUUUGUAACUAUAUAUACGAUUAAUUUUCUUAUUUAACUUUUUAAGGACUAAACAUUGAAUUUUAUAGGAGAGUUUGAUGGUGAUGCUGCCUUU